GUAAAUAGGUGUAUAAAAAAAAGGCCCUAGCGAUGAUAAAAAGGAGCCGAGACUUGAGAAGAAGCCCUUAGCUUCACCGUCUCUCUCUUUGCUCUCGUGUGCUUCAUUCGAAAUCGGCCGUUCUUCUUCUUCUUCCAAUCUACCUCACUCCAAUGGACGAAGACGACGAGUUCGGAGAUCUGUACUCCGACGUUCUCCAGCCGUUUCAAACUCCCGUUGUUCUUCCUCCUCCGCCUCCGCUUCCCCACCGUUCAAUCGACCUUAACCUCCGAUCCCAAGAUCAAGACGUGGCAGAAGCUAAUUCAGCUUCAGUCUCUAGGGUUUCGGGCAACGAUGCUUCCAAAUUAUCCAUCACUCGGCAAGCAAUUGCCGAUGGUGGCGGCGACGAGAAGGACAUGAGCUUUGAUAUCGAAGAACCCGAUGCCGAUUCUACACCCACGAUUCCUGGUCUUUUCGUUGCCGCUUCUGGAGCUGGAGCGUUACCUGGUCUGUCUACAGAUCGAGGCGUUUCGCAAGUUACGGCAAGAAUUGAGCAGGCUGGUGGUGGCGACGGAGGCUACGGAGGACAGGGAGAAGGCGAUGAUUGGGAUAGCGACAGUGAAGAUGAUUUGCAGAUAGUAUUGAAUGAUAGUAGCCGCAACGCCAUGAUCGGAGGAGCUGAUAGAAGAUCAAGGAUGGGAGACAACGAAGAUGACGAUGACGAAGAUGAUGAAGAACCACUUGUUAUAGUCGCCGACACGGACCCAAAUCAACCUAUGGAGGAGCAGCACUGGGGAGAAGAUGGUCUGCAAGGUAUCGAAGGAGAUGGCAAAGAUGGAGGAGAAGCUGGAAAAGGGAGUGGACCAGGAGGUGCUACUGGACCGCCCAAAGCUGGGUAUAGCAGUCAUGGGUAUCAUCCGUUUCAUUCUCAGUUUAAGUAUGUAAGACCAGGGGCAGCCCCUAUUCCUGGAGGUGCUGCAUCUACUGGUGGGACCUCAGGUCAAGUUCGUCCACCUGCCAACCUUGGUCCUGCUGGUCGUGGCAGAGGAGAUUGGCGUCCACUGGGAAUGAGGAAUGCUUCUGCUGCACAGAAAGGCUUCCAUCAGUCCUGGGGUAGUAAUACAGCAGGGCGGGGACUGGACUUUACUCUCCCCUCUCACAAGACUAUAUUUGAGGUCGACAUAGAGAGUUUCGAGGAAAAGCCCUGGAGAUAUCCAGGAAUUGAUAUGACAGACUACUAUAACUUUGGACUAAACGAGGAGAGCUGGAAAGACUAUUGCAAACAGCUGGACCAACACCGUAUAGAGACCACAAUGCAAAGCAGAAUACGUGUUUAUGAAAGCGGUAGAACGGAUCAGGGUUAUGAUCCAGAUCUACCCCCAGAGUUAGCUGCAGCAACAGGAGCGCAGGGUGUUCCUGUUGAUUCUUCAAAUUUAGUGAAGCCAGACUCUGUUCAAGGUGAUUCAGCUAAAGUACCAGCCAAUGUUCGGCCUUCACUGCCCCCUGGAAGACCAAUACCUGUGGAGACUGGUUCUGGUGAACGUCUGCCAUCCAUUGAUACGCGUGCACCUCGAAUGCGUGAUCUAGAUGCUAUCAUUGAGAUUGUAUGUCAGGAUUCGCAUGAGGAUGAACCCUCAGGGGAAAAUGGUGCAGACCAAGCCGAUAGUAGCCUUCCUGGAGAAAAUGUCUCAGUUGAGAAUAGUUAUGUUAAGAGCAGGAGACCUGAUACGGAAUCUGCUGAACGUAGUCCUGCCCAGGAUGAGCCACAGAAAGAUCUUCUCAAAAAGCAAGACGAUGAGAUCUCUAGAAGCACGGAUGAUAGUGGCCAGAGUUUUCGCUCAUCGUCUCCUGUUGGGUCUCCUGUUGGGUCUCCUGUCGGGUCUCCUGUCGGGGACAGAGGCACAAGGUCAUCAAGUGUUGAUCGCGAAGAUGUGGGAGAUGAAGUUGGCAAAGAUGCGGAUAUGGAGGAGGAGCAUAAAGUGAGUUCUACAGUCCCUCAGUCAGCAGUUCAAGAAGAUGAUGGAGGGGAAUCAAAGACGGAGAGAAGUAGUGAAAGCAGCAAAGCAAGAUCUGGAAGUCACAGAGACUAUCCGCAACUGAAAGAUGGGGUAGAAGAAGAAGUUAUUCAAGAUAAACAUUAUGCCCGACCAGCUAGUAAUAGGAAACAGCACGAUAACAAUGCACCUUACCAGAGCAGAAAGAAUCAGGACAGAGGGAAGGAGAUGGAAAGAACACGAGCGGCGAGCAAAGGUGGUAGAGAGAAUUCUAAUCCCCACAUGGAGCUGGAUUCUAGUUAUAUCUACUCAAUUGCAAAUCGCGAAGAUUUUGAUAGAAGAAAAGAGCGAGAUGUUGAUGGCGGGGUGUGGCGCAGGACAGAGGAUGACCCAUACAGUAGAAGAGGUGGGGAUGAGGGGUCUAGAAAAAGGGAUCGUGAAGAUGAUCCGGGCUCUAGGCAGAGGGGUAAAAUGCGAGAGAAUGAAAUACGCAGCAAAGAUGAUCAUGUUCCUUCCAGAAAGCAUAUGGAUGAUGUUGGCCGAAAUAUUUAUGAAGUGGAUGAUCACAUUAACAAGAGGAGGAAGGAUGAAGAAUACUUGAGAAGAAGCCGGCCAGAAAAAAGUGAAAUCCCAUAUGGUCAAAGAGAAUCAAUCAGCCGCCUGAAACGAGAACGUGAUGAUAGGAUGGAGCAUCAAAAGAGAGAUUUCCAACAUAAAAUCAGAGAUGAUUUUGACGACCAUAGUUCUCUCAGGCAUAGAGAUGAUUUUUAUAUGCAGAGAGAUGGAAACGAGAGGUUGAGGGAGCGUGAGGAUAAACCAAUGCACGAGGAUGGUUUAUCAGCACGAGGAAGAGAGAGGCAGGUGGCUGUACGGGCCCACAGAGGUUCCGAAGACCGAUCAUCAAGGAUGAAAGAUGAAUAUAAAGCUUCUGACAAAGAGCAUCUCACCAAAGAUACAACAAGGCAUACUAAACAGACAAAGAGAAGGGACUACCCUGGUGAAGAAAGUUCUUCCCAUCAUAGAGGAUAUGAAGACUUCUCUGCACGCACAGAUGACAUUGUUAGUAAUGAGAAAAAACCAAGGCAUGAGAGGACAGGUGCUAAAAAUGACAAGGUUAUUGAUACUUUGGAUGCCCAGCGAUUGCUAGACAGAAAACAUAAAGAUUCUAGACGAAAAAUUAAAGAACAGCGAGAGGGCACAGAAUCAUUAAGGGGCAAGCAAGGGGAGCAAAAUGGCAAUUCUGUAGUGACAGUCUCAAAAGGAACCAGCGAAGCAAAGAACUGCAGGAAUGAGAUCUCACAGCAACCUAAUGCCACCAAAAGACACAAGGAAAACGCAUCCUCUGGUGAUGAGAUACACGAUUCAAAGAGAGGACGUACAAAACUGGAGCGUUGGGCAAGCCACAAAGAGAGAGAUGAUGCUGUCUCUGCCAAGUCAUCAUCCAUUUCCACAAAACUUCAAGAGAACGAAAAAAAUACUAAUGGCCGGCUUAGUGAACCUGUUACUGGGUCUAUUGGUAAGAAUCGGGAUGUAAGUGAAGAGAAAAGUGGCCAUGACCUUGCAGAGACCAAAGAUGGAAGCGAGAAGGGACCAGGAGACCGGCACUUGGACACGGUUGAGAAACUCAAGAAACGCAGUGAAAGAUUCAAGCUUCCAAUGUCCACGGAGAAAGACACCACGGGAGUAAAGAAAAUGGAGUCUGAGACGCUGCCCUCUGCAAAAAUAGAAGGCCCUGUGGAUCCAGAAGUGAAAGCAGAACGGCCAGCAAGGAAAAGACGGUGGACAAGUAGCUGAAAGUCAUAAACUGGAGCUGAAAUAAAAAGCGAGGAAGUGGCUCUCUUCGGCUGGGUUGAGGGAUAGUUUGAUUCUCCAUGUAGCUUCUGAUGCUUAAACGAAUUAUGAGAUUCUCCCAUCCCGCAGAGCAGUUGUGGCGAUAAUGCGAUGGAGGAUCAAGCGCAAUAGAGAUUAAUUAGAAGACUAGGGAGAGUGUGUAUGGGAGGAGCUAAGUUGUGUAAGAAUAGAAAGAGAAUACGCAUAAGGAUGACUCGAGAGAAUACUCUUGUAGUAGUUGAUGUAACUUUUAUCAAAGAUUAUUGGUCUUUUAGUUUUGUUCUUAUACUAAGCGCCUCCGGAGAGAGCGAGAAUAUUUAUUAAAAAACGGCACUCUGUAUUAUAUAUUGUAGUAAUUUCGUUAUAAUAUUUUGUAAUCGUC